AUGGGGGUCGACACCCGCAGACCUAUUCUCCCCGCUCCUACAGAAUCCCUUGUCGACACCACGGGCGGCAGUACUACGGGCACAGAUCUGGCAACUGACAUUUCUCGCCGCACAGACAAGACGUCGUACUCAAUCCCAGACGACGGUAGCCCCAUCACUGUCUCCACCCGGCCUCAUCGGGACCGGGACGACAAACUGUCGCGCUCACAUCGUGACUCGCAAACCUCCCUGCUGAUCGAGUACUUCGAAGGCGGGAAGGAAUCCGGUGGUGUGGUCUCCAGGCCCAGCGUGCGAGUUCGAGUUACUCCCUCCGGGGCCCGAAAGUCCAAGAAUAAGGACCGGAUCCAGAUCACCGAGUCCAGCAGUCGCAAGCCUUCAUACACCCGGCGCAUUUCAUUUACCUCCCCCAGUUCCAAGCCCAAGCAGCUGGCCGAGUCCGGCUUGGAUGAGCAGAGUCUGAGCGAAAGCAACUCGGCUGACGAGGAAGGUCAACAUUCGUCGCAACGCCCGCCCGUGGAGAUUGAAUUUGUGAAUCGCGAUCACGGGAGUGAGCUCUCCACUGUCUCGCGCGAUACUCGAUUCGUGCUUCCUGCAUCGGACAUCUCGUCUAUGCCCGCCGACAGUAUGCUCGACGCUACUUCCUCGGCCGGUCCCCGGCGCAAGCGCAGCCAAAGUAUGGAGCGCGGUGCCAGUCGCGAUGACAAGGAUCUCCUCAAGACACCAUCUCGACAGCGCAGUCGCAGCCUUAGCAAGGAGCGCUUUGCCCAUCGAGUCGCUGAGAAAUUGAGCGGAUCACCGCAAGAAGUGUCCAGCGGCAAACACAAACAUAAACAUCGGAGCAAGAGCUCCCGCAACAAGGACUAUUUGGAGGCCGAGCCCAAACCAUCCCGUCGGAAGUAUCAUGAGGACGACAUUAUCCCCAGCCCUGAAUCCAGCUUGCUGAGCACCUCGGCUGUCUCUUCCAAUCGCAAGUCUGGUGAUCAAUAUUCCAUUCGAUCCGGCGCCUCCAAAUCCUCGAUCAACAACCCAAAACUGUUGGAGACGGUAGAAGAUGCCAUUCGAAGGUUGAUUCUGCCUGAGCUGAAAGAGCUUAAGAAAGACCAGAAGGUCAUGAAGAAUACGAACAGAUUUGAGCGAGAGCGCGACAUGAUGACAAAUUACUCAUCUACCAGCUCCCGAGAUGAGCUGGGUCGACGAUUGUCCAAGCAUUCAAGUGCACCUGACAUUAUCAAGCCAAGAGUUGUUCUGAACAAGGACAGCAAGGAUGAGGGCAUCUUGUUAGCUGAAUCAGGGCCACGAUCGAGGGACAUUCCCAAAACACGCAAAUCCAGCAAGAGCAGCGAGACCUCUGACAAUGCCUGGGUGAAAUGGGGUCGACCAGAGCUCACUGAGCAGGACAAGCUGCGACGGCAAAAGAGUAAGGGUCUUCGAGAUGCCCAGGCAGCCGGACGUGUGGGCUCGGCUCUGACCGCGGUGUCUCUCAAACAUCACGACUCCCAGUCCAGUCUUGGCCAAACCGAGCAAACCGAGCGAAGAGACAGUGGUUCUCGAAAGAGCGUUGAGAACUUUGGCGUCACUGAGACUGAACUGGUUUUCAACAAGCACAAUGUCCCGCGAAUGCCGAUGCACAGCGAGAUUGAUUCUGAGCUGACCAGAGCCUCCUUGCUCUCUGAACGUACCGAGAGCCCCGGCCCGAACCAAAACAUCCUGCAUGGUGAGGUGCUUCGCGGGUCUCCACGACAACUUGCUUCUCCGUCCUUGCGAACACCCACGAGAACUCCCUUGGAUGCAGGACAUGAGCUGAGGAUGCGCCAUGGAAACCAGUCACAGCGCGAUCUCUCUGUCCACAGUGCCUCCGAUCGCGACCUGCGUGGUAAAAGUCAGUCGCCUGGCACGGACUAUGGGGAAGGGGCUAUUGCUGCUGCCGCCGCCGCCAACCUGCUUGAUGCUGCCCACCCCAUUCACGAGGAUCGUUAUGAGACUGGCCGAGCUUUGAGUCCUAUUCAAAGCGUGGCGAGCGAUCAAACUGAAACUUACGGCCAGUAUAAGAAUCAGCGUCUUUCCGGAGUCCAACAACAUGAGAUGGAACCCCGUCUUUCAAUCGAUUCUCUGUCUUCUGCGCCAAGCACCGACCUAGCCCGAUCUACUCGAAAUGGCGUCAGCCCCCACAGCCAACAGGGUGAAUACAAGCAUGACGAUGAGGUCCCAGAGCUUGGGUAUGAGCACUCCCGGCAUGCUUCAGAGGAAGAUCUGUAUGGAAAUGAUGAGGAAUCUCGACGUUCCCUGGGAUAUGCUGACAGCGAAGUCGAUUUCAUGGACCGGGUGAAGGAGGGUCAGCAUGUUGCGGAGGGUGCCGCUGCAAACCCCCAGUUCGUCCACCCACUUGGUGUCGAGUCUGCUGUCGCUUCCUUGAUGGACCCUUCUGUCCUCGAGUCUCAAUCGUCAGGGCAUUCUGGCAAUCGCUCUCAGACCGAAUUCGAGCGUGCGGGUAGCCGAAGUCCCGAGAAGCGCGGUAGCCCCCUGAAGCAAGUCCAAGAGGCUCCCAGUCUCGAUGAGACCUCUUUCCCUCGACGCAUGGGCGUCACAUCGCCGCCUCAGAGUGUCACUCAGUCUAUUGAAGAUCUGGAGGAAGCGGGGAUCGCCGCUGCCGCUGCCCGUGGCCUUGACAGUUCUCUCGCCGAUGCAGAGGAGCGCAGUCAAGAGUCCGAGUCGGAGAUAAACACCAACCCAUCCAUCAUUCAAGGUCCCAUUGGUGGCGUCGCUCCAGUAGACCAGGAUCACUGGGCUGCUGCACCUGUCUCUUAUUACGAUUCCCCCGCUGCUCAAGCUGGUGCAAACGCCCAGGGUGCCCAGCGCAGUCUCGACGCCGAGUACUAUGAGACUGCCCGGAAUAUCUUUGGUGGUGAUGAUUACAUGAUUGACCAGCAUGAUGGUCAGCUGUUUGGUACACCUCCUGGUGCCAAGGAUGAAGGCUACGUCUCAGCUGCGAACCCCAUGUCCCCAAGCAUUGGCACGCCCAAGCAAGGUACCCGCGGCCUGGGUGCCGAUGCGGCUGGAGUUGGUGCUUUUGAUAGCCCUGCUCAAGCGGAUGAUCCGUUUGAUUCGAAUCAUCAGCGCCAUUUCAGUGGUUACUCUCAUGGAGUUGCAUCGCCGCUUUAUGACAGUGCUACUGGACGUGGAAUUGAGAGGAUCCAGUCCAAGGAUAUUGUCGCUCUAAUGGAUCAUCUUACUGUUCGCGAUGCUCAACGCAACGCUAGAGAUACCGAGAUUCUGGUCACUUUGGUCCGAAGCGCUGCUGAAAUGCGCACCUCGUUUGAAGAGAUGAAGAAAUUCAUUGCUCAGCAGGAUGAGAUGCUUCAGGAUUCGAGUGGCAAGCAGCACAACCAAACUCUCAGGGCUCUUGGUGGGCCUCGACCUCUACCUCCGAGUGGCGCUCGAAGCCGUCAAUUCAACAUGGAGGAUGAAGAGGAUCUCCAGGCCAAGCGGAAGAACAUCUUCAAGCGUGCUCUGAAGGGCCUGAGUCUGAAGUCUGGGAAUGACCUUACCAAGAUUGAGGGUAUGCUGGAGCAGUUGCUUGACGAGGUUGAGGCCCUGCGCGAAGGUCAAGGUUUCACUACUUCUCGUAAUGGUCCUAGGGGCGUUGACCCUAACGAUCAUGACGCGAGUGGUCAGAACGGUGCUCCCUUGGGCAGCCGCUCUCCUUACAUGGGUAGUCCUCGACCUGCCACUGCGGAACGCCGUGUCGACACCGUCCCUGAAGAGGAUGACGAUGAUUUGGAGAUCGACGAGGGUGACCCCUAUGUGACUGCCCAUCUCCCUGUUCAAGAGCCUGCCCGCCACGAGCGAGCCGGGUCCAUGCCUCUUGCUACGCCUCCUCGCAAGCCUGUGGCCACGGGAGCCCGUAGCACCGAGACGACCCCCAAGAACUCCGCCGACAAGGCCCGCAAGCACAAGUCCAGCAGCUCAUCAAUCUUCCCCAAGUUCUCCCGUUGGUCCAAGACGACUGCCUCGUCUAUGGGUGACAAUAUCCGCAACAGCAUCCAGCCCAACCGCAAGGAACGCCCUUACUCUGAAGUGUCCCGCUCUGGCUCAGACCUCGCCCAGGAUACAUACAAGACGGGUGACUACUACGACCCCGAGGGUGACGACCGUAUUCGGUCUACCUAUACCAUUGAUCAGACGCAAGAGGAAAACCGUCCCCCAUCUCCUCUGGUUCCCUCCCAGGUCUCCGAAGCGCCCAAGUACCGCGCCCACCGCGGCAGUCUGGAUCUGCAGCACCCUCAGCCUCGCCAGGGUCCCACCGGCCGGUAUCAGAACCAGCUCGAGAACCAGGCGCAGUCAUACACUACUCCCACCUCACCCAACUCUGAACAAUGGGGUUCCAAUCCCAGCCUUCCACCCAUGAACCCCAACCAAAAUCGCUACAGUGUGGGCAGCCGUCUAUCCCCCAUCUCCGACGCAGGAUAUUCAGAGACAAGCACCCGCACACCAGGUCCUCCUCGCCCUCCCAAGGUCAAGGACAAUGGACCUCUCGUCCCCGAGCGUCCACCCAAGGUCCCCGAAGAAGAAGACCAGACACAAGCGCAGACACAAAACUACAGCGGCGAUCGCGUUGCUUCAAGGAGCUCUGCCAUCCGCUCCCCACCUACCCGCAAACCCACGGGUCCCCGACCUCUCACGUCCGGCGGCGGUGCCUACAGCCCUAGUAACAUCAAGCGCAAGCAAUACCGCGGCAGUCCGAUGCAGAUCGACUAUGACGAUGAUUAUUGA